AGAUUCACGGAGUCAUUCUUCCUAGCGCGUUUAUAAUGUGGAUUCUUUUCUAUCUGCUCAUGACUGGAGUAGUCUUAGUAGAGGGUAUGAGUCGUAAUGAGCGAGCAUCCGUGAAAGCUUUAUACACAAAAUUCGUCGUUUCCCCAAAGUGUUGCACUAAUUAUGACGGCCACUCUCCUUGUGGCCAAGAGCUCAACAGUAUAAAUUCGAAAAAUGGAACAUUCACUAGCCCAAAUUAUCCUGACCCAUAUUCAUCUAAUGUGUACUGCGUGUACAAAUUUGUAGGCAAACCAGAAGAAAGAGUGCAAAUCAGCUUUACAGAUUUCGAUCUUUUCUUGCCGGAAGAACCUCCAAGAGAUUGUGAGGGAUUUGAUGCAGUUAUGAUUUUCAUUACUAUCAAUGGUCGAAGAGAAAGACUGGAUAACUUUUGUGGCAAUAAACUUCCAGCUCAGUUAAUGUCAAAUGGCCCGACUAUGGAAGUAGAAUUUCGAUCGUAUCGCUCUUCUCCAGAAGUAAAAGGUUUCAGAGCCAUAUAUCGUUUUGUAACAGAUUUUGGAAUAUCUGCGACAAAACAAAAUUCUUCAUCGUCUGAAUGCCGAUUUCUCUUCAGCAGCGAAGAACGAGGAAACGGAACUUUCAGUUCCCCUAAUUACCCCGGAUUUUAUCCCAGAGAUACGGAGUGCCACUAUACAUUCAGAGGAAAAGAAAAGGAACGGGUCCAUAUAACUUUUGCUUAUUUUGAUGUAGACGGCAUACCACCGUGUCUGAGUGAAACAGCAAGCGACUAUGUGGAAUUUUCAAACUACAAGACAGUAGAUCGUAAACUUGCAAGGCACUGUGGAAAUCAGAAACCUAAGCUAAUAGAAUCAGAUGCAGAUUUCUUCCGAGUUAUCUUCAAAUCCAAUGACAAAUUCGAUGCAACGGGAUUUGAAGCAUUUUACCAGUUUCGAAAACAAGUUGAUCCUUUUACUGUGAAAAGAGUUUCUAAUGUUCCAAGAGACAGCAAAUCAAGUGCAUAUACUCAUCGGAUAAAUAUCCUCAUCCUCUUUAUAUUCCCGAUUCUUCUUACAUAAUCAUAAAAAAUAAGACAUUUUAAAACUGCAGUAUCUGCAAGCUGGUGACCGAGCAAGGAACUAAAAGUACAUUCUAAGCACAAUGCGUGUAACUGCAUUAAGCAUGGAUGAAUGUGCAAUGGACAGAUUCGUAAUAAGCGGAACGAAUUUUUAAAAUUGGCAAUUUUGUGAUACUGUCAAAGAAAAAUAAUUAACACUAUUUUAAAUGGUGUAUAAUGGACCAAUUGUAUAUUUGAUGAGCUUUGAAUUUAUGUAUGUUUCACUUGGUCUGUUUCAAUGUUUCAAUAUUUUAAUUUUUAAACGUUAUUUUGUAUUUAAAAAAACGUUAAUUGCUUAUUUUACAUGUCUAACAUAAAUAUAUUUGUUUAUUGAAGUAUAAUCAGUUAUUUAAUCAGUUAUAAAGCUGUGCAUAAUUACUAUGUUGGAAACUGUAUAGUUAGAUAUGUUUUCAGGUUUAAAAUAUUAUUUAUUUUAUGGAAUUGUUGUUUAUAUACAAACAGGUAUAUUUUAUUUGCUCCACAUUUUCAAGGCUUUGCGUGUUAUUAGGGAACAGAGUAGGCGCUCAUUCUGUAAAUUUAUGUUACAUAUUUACAUAUUACUGCCCCGAAUGAGGCUUGAAAUUUACGAGUUAUCAAGGCGAAUUGGAAUUGUUGAAGAUUCAAAGGCACUCUAUUUUUCAAUAUUAUUUAUACAUGUCUUCUGAAUUUUAUGUAUUUGCAAAUAUUUCAGUUAUAUAAAAGAUGUCCUUGUAGUUAGAAAUCUGAAAUCCUACUUAGAAUAGUUACGAGAGCAAGUUUCGUAAAACGUAAAUGUAAGUUGCAGUUUUUCGAUUAGACACGUUGUCUCAGUUUUGCACAAUGUAUUGAUUUUUAUUGAAACUUGCAUUUAACACUUACUCUCGAGGUUCUGGGAACAAUUCCUUCAAAAAAUAAAAUUUUUGUUACAAUCAUUUUUAAUUAAGGCAUAUUUUAAACAAAAUGUCACAUCUUCACAAUAAUUAAGUAUGCUGAAAUAUAAUAUUCCCUAAGACAAUUAAAUUCUUAUCCAGAAGCGAAUUGAAGCAAUCAAGCUUCAAAGCAAUCCACAAUCCGAACUAUUUUGUUGCUUGGACGUUAGACAUGCUUCUUGGCGUCUGCUAAUUUGUAUACUACGCUCAACAUCACACGAAGAUUUUCGAUCAGUCAAGAAUAUUGUUCAAAUCAACGUUAAUAAGGAUGCUUUUAGAUUCUGAAGGAAUAGAAAGCAUUUAAUGCCUGAGGAAUUAAGCAAAUUUAAUAUAAAAUAGUACUUGCGUAUUAAUGUAACCACAUUAUCGCAAUUUUUUACGGAUUUUUUACGGAUGAAAAGGUAAAACUUACUAAUCGGAUGCAAGCUGAUAAUUUUCCCACAUUUUUUUAAGAAGGAUUCCCACGCUAUCGAUGUUUAUAGCAUUAUCAUAUCAAUAUGUGAAAUGAAAGCAUACUUUAGAAACUUAAAAUAUAAAUUUUAAUUAUUAAAUAAGGAUUACGUAAUGUAUUAAAAAUAAGACGCAUUCUUCUUCAAAUCUUUCUGUAAUUUUUUUGUGCUAUUCUUCUCCCGAAGUACACAGCGAUCUGUUUUCGCUUAAAAAAAUAUCAGAAAAUUGCGGAGAGUCGCCUUCGUGCAAACCUCGGCAAGAAAAUGUUUAACAAAAUUCUGUAUUCCUGCAGAAAUUUUAUCGCAGUUUCUUCUGUUGCUCACAAAUUCCACAAGCUCGUAAUUUAAAACUUAGUUUAAGGAAAAAAAAAAUCACGAUUUGUUCAUAAAAACCGUUGGAACUUGGAAUACAACAAAAAAGAACGCAUAUGAAAACGGCGAAAUUGCUUGACUGAUGGACUGUUAUGAACAUGGUUGGCCGAAGGAUGGUUAUACCCAUGGCUACCACAGUUUGGCACAUUCUGAAAAUUUGGCGACUUCUACUGAGGUGAUUGCGUUCAUACGUAAGUACUAUAAAGCAAAAACAGUUCUAAAUUGUUUCUUUUGUACGUUAAGAAUUUAAUCAGAUGACAAUAGAUUUCUUUGUGGAAGAAGACAAAAUGCAGAAAAUAUUGACACUGAAGUUUAAUAUGUAUGCAUUGAUAUUUUAUGUAAUUGUGAAAUACUGCCUGCUAACUUAGUCUUUUUCUAAAGUUUGUGAGGUGCUCUGUAGGGUAAUUUAGAAUAUUUUAUGCUUUAAAUAUUGCACAUUUUCUCAUCAUUUUAUCACUGAUAACUAAUUUUCAUUCAAUAAAUUUUUGGCUUACUUAAACAUAUCUUGAAAUCUAGAAGAAUAUCUUACAUUAAUUAAAAUUUUUUAAACGUUCCAAUAAAUAAAAAAUGUAAAUGUUAAUUAUAUUGAUAGUUUUUAAAACAUUUUUUUCAAUGGUCUGUUUACCACCCCUUACAGCCAGGUUUUAAAGUUAAUUUAAAUUUGCUUUUGAUCAAAGGACUAGUAGAUACAAUGCUAGCUUUAUGGAUGCUACCAUAGUACACAUUUUAAGCUAUCAUGCCUGCUUGAAUAUUUAUUAAACAAUCAUCAGAAUAAAAGCACCAAAAUUCUAAUUAUGAAAAUACUGUAGUUGAAUUCGGAAUUUGUUAACCCAAAGCUGUGCUAUGGAAUGUAGUUUGCAUAUCGGAGAAAGAUAUGCACUGUCUUUAUGUGUAAUACUCGUAUAUUUAAAUUUUCUUUUUAUACUUACGACUACAUUAGUAAGUUUUGAGUAUAAAGACUAUCUUCACUUAAUUUUGUAUACAUUAUUCUCACUUGAAGUAAAGUGUUCCACUCUCUUUGUAUCUUAGCAAAAUAUUUUAUUCUACUGAAGUAGAACAAACACAAGUUAAAGAAAAAUAUAUAGGGGUUAAGAGAUGAAGAAUGUCAAUUAUGUAAAAGUAUGUUAUGUAUGGGAGAAGAAUGCUAAAUACAUAAACGAAUUCUUAUGUAUAAUUGAUAGUAUAGAGUUUUAAAUGAAUUGCAUAGUUUGUUAUGUUUUAUGCAAUAAACUUUGCCGAUAUGGUAACCUUAAAACGCAUUAUGUAAUAAACUAUGUCAUACAGUUCAUAUAAGGAAUCAUUGUAUUAUAAAAGAGUGAAAAUAAAGAUUGGUUUUAUA